CUUCCGGCCACUUGCCCGGGCAAGAACGAGUUCCGGGUCAAGUGGCCCUUGACAACGGCCUGCUGACCGGGGUGAGGAUGAGCUCCCGGGGAGAGCGAGGUGAAAAGGAUGAUGAAGAAACAAACCCUUUUUCCUUUAAGGAAUUUAUCAAGGUUAAAAGUCGAUCAACAACUAAAGGGGAAGAGGUGAAAAAGCAGACACACCAACAGCUGAAGGACUCCAUAGGAAUUGCCUUUGAAGACGAUCUGUCUGCCACCGAAGAAUUGAACUUGAAGCUGAGUUUUCCAGAGAAUUACUUCCCAGAUCUAAUGCCCAACAGUCCUUCAUUGGAUGAAGAGGACGAUGACUGGAGUGAAACGUACCAGCCUGCCAUUAUUGAGGCUGCUCAUGAGCGUGGUUUCUCUAACUUUCUCCAUGAGAUGUCCAACACCCCACCUACACUGAGCCCUGCUGACUUAUUGCAUCAUGAAAGCACCCAGUACGCACCAUCCGAGUGGCAAGUGGACGACGAACAGGAGGAGGAAGAAGAGAAUCAUUGCAAAGGGAACGCAGCCUUACAAACGGACCCCUCUUGCAAUAGCCAUGACCCUCCAAAGGAUCACUUUGACCUGGUCGGGGAGGUUCUCUAUCAAAGUCAGUUACUAAGCAAUGAGAAGCUGAAAGAAGAAAAUGCUCUUUUACGGAGACAAACUAAAGAAGCAAAGCAACUGGCAAAGAACCACAUAAAGAGGACUAGGAAAUUGGAAGAAGAACUGGAAAGAAGGAAAAUUAAAGAGGAAAAGGAAGCACGAGCAUUAGAAGCAAUGGUUCAGCAAGUAGAAGAGAAUCUGCAACUGAUGACGAAACGGGCAGUGAAAGCAGAGAACACUGUGACUAAGCUGAGGCAAGAACUUACAGUUGUACAGGCUGAACUUCAACAAUGCAAGUCUGAAAAUGAAAGGCUUCGAUCUCAAGAUUCUGCUGCUCUGACUUCAGCAAAAAAUAGUGCCCGACUUGCUUCGGACUAUUUAAUGAAGACUGCACAUGAAGCUCAGACCUCAGUGAAGCAGAUCAUGUCUGGAGCAGAAACGCUACGCCUGGCAGCUGAUCUACUGAAGUCCAUUGACAAAAUCUCUGAACUACCACCUUACUAUAAAAUGGAAGAUCCUAGCUGAUGUCAUUAACUUCAUUUAGCUCCGCCCAAUGCAGUAUGAACAUUACCUGCGAAGUAUUUAUUAACAUGAUACUUAGGGCCUGAUCGACUCCCCACUGCUCAUGGUACAGAGUUUAGAGCAAAUGCACUACUCUGGAAAGGCCUGAUCUAUGCUUGAAUUGUUCCUGAGUGUCUUAUUUUGUUUGGUUGGAUCCCAUAAUUUCGUUUUACCAUCAACACCUUAUUUGUAUCAAAUAGAAAGGAUGAUGUAAACAUUUUUUAUUCACCUACAACAUUAUGAGUACAUUAUAAAUUCUGUUUAUCAUCCUCUCAGGAAAAAACCUGCCCCCAAUACUUCUAAAGUUUGUAUUUUAAAUGCAGUUUUUUUUUAAAUUAUGGAGGUGUAGGUCCCUUGCUCUUCACCUAACUUCCUGCAGCUCACCACUUUUUCCCUCUUCCUCAUUCAAACCUCAUGCAGUGCAGUGUAACUAGGAUGAUCCUCUUUGUUUAAAGUUUCUCCUGCUUUUCAAGAGUUCAGUGUUUGCAUUUGUCAGAAAGCUCUCAAACAUCGAUCCCUGGCUGCAGCAGCACCAGUGUGCCAUUAGUCACUCAGCCACUUCAGCUGCCAGUGGCAGUGGUAGGAUUAAGGCUGAUUUAUACUUGAGCGUCGCAUCUACGCUGUAGGUGACGCGUACCCUACAGGAUGACGUGCACCUCUCCAGAAAAGUUAUUCACGCGUCGUGGUGACGCAGAUCGCUUGGUCCACUUGGUAGCAUCGCACUUCCUCCUGCGCAUUUCCAGUUGCUUCUUCUCCGCCAUGUCUGCAGGCUGUGCGUACACCAAUACGAAAUAGAUGAACCAAAUCGUCAAAUCUACCUGCUGACAUGCAAAAAUGUUUGAAAUUCAUUUCCUCGUCCGUGUCUCUCAUGAAGAAACUCAACACAGUGGCAUAGAUACCCCACCACCAAUUAGCAUUUUGGCGCACACCAACACAUGCUCGCUACAGCAUAGAGCGACGCAGAACUGAAAAUCAGGGUUACGACGUAGGCUGCGGCAUAGCCUGUAUGCACAAGUAUAAAUCAGCCUUUAGCCCAGAACAACCUUCACUCCUGCUGUAAACUUAGUGAUCCCCGCAGGAACACGGCUGCAGUCAAAUAAAACUAUUAUAAUUAUGAUUAUCCAGCAUUAUCCAGCAAUACCUUCAACCCCUUUCUCAUAGGCAUUUAAAACAUUCUCUUAAAUUAAUUUACCUGCCUUGAUUCCCUAUCACUAAGUACAGUUUUGAGAUGUCCAAUUGGAACACUGUCUUAGGAGCCUUAUCAGAGAACAGAAGAAUUCUAUUGUCAAUGUGAAGAUUUUUGAUCUUAAAUCUGAAUUAUCCUGCUUUCAUUUUAAGGUUAUGCCCAUAUUCUGGGCUUCCCAUUAAAGUAAAAGAGUUUUCCUAUCCUUCCCGUAACAGAUAAUUUAGAUUGCCAUUGAUUUUCUAAACUGAAAAUAUACAAGGAUAUUCUUUGAAAUACGUCUGUGUAAUUUAAAACACUUUUAACCCCAGCAUGCUUGUGGUACUUAAGUGUUCUCAUACAAGGAAUGGCAACAACAAUCUUGUAUUUGUGUGUGUUUUUGGUACAUAAUUUAAAUCAGCCAGAUUAUUUCAUUGGAUUGUUAUGACCUGAUAUUUUAACGCCAAGGCAUCUUGGUGCAGAAACCCACAGUUUAAUCCAAAUUCUAAUUUUAAGGGGUAUUUUAGAAGAGGAAAAAAAGGUUAGGAAUAUAAUUCAGAGCUUUGAGUCUUGACAGUUGAAGUCAUACAAAUAAAAUUGGGAGCACUCAGGUAACAGGGCAUAAAGGAAGUUUACAGCAACAAUUACACUAAACCAAACAAUGUUAGAUAAUUUUACUGAUAUGGAUAUCUUAAUGAUUGAAUGAAUAAAAUAUAUAAGCAAGUUUACAAACAUUUUGAUGUAGCAUCAGAGUGUUGCUAGGAAGAGGAUGGAGUUGGUGGCUGGAGAACAGUUUGCAUUGGGAUUUAAUACUGGUAGCAUUAGAUAGGAUAAAUUUCUGAUUAUCCAGUGCUAAGUAUAUGGACAAGCACACUAACAGUUUAAGUAAUAAGACAUGGUGAGGUAAAUCAAAGUAUUAUUAGGGUUUGUGGAAACUGAAGUUGUGUUUUCAGAUGUUGCUGCUGAAAGCCAACCUCACUAUGAGAAAGAAGAUCUUAGAGGAAUCUUCAAGGUAAUUGCAUGAGAGUAUGAUGGGAAAACAUUGCAAACUCUAGCCACCACAGAAUGAAUAAGAAUGGAACCAGAUGAGCUUGGUCUGUUCCAGAUGAUUGGAAGAGAAUUAAUGUAAUUUCUGUUAAGGGUUGCAUACACAUCAUGGAGGAAGCAGUGGAACAGUUUGGAACUUUGAUCAGAACUAUUUUGGUACUGGGACAGAGUGUAAAUGUGUUAUUUUGCUGCAGAGAUAAAGCAUGGAUAUAAGAUGUUCACAUAUUCAAAGAAUUUCAAGAGGAAGUGGGGGUGGGGUGAGGUCGAAAGAGUUGUUUACUCUGUUGUAAGGUGAUAACAGCAGGGUGGGGUGGGGUACCCCUGCUGAGAGGGAACUAUGAACUAUUUGCCUUGUAGUAUAGAAUUAGAAAAUAAUGGAUUUGUUAGUCCUUCCUUACUAAACUGGGUUUGAAGAAACUAUAUUUUUAACACUGAGAUGUCUAUUUAAGAUUUUGUAUAAUAUACUGGAAUGAUUGAAAUAAUUUAUAAUUUGUGUACAUAUCAGAAAUAAAUUAUCAACUCAUGCACCCAGGUUAUUAUAAAAAUCCUUGAAUUUUAUAAUUCUUAGUUCAUUCCCAUUGGAACCACAUUUUUAUUUCAAUGUACCCUUAUAUCAUGAAGCUAGCAGAGUAGUUCUAUAGUCACAUGAAACUAUUAUAAUUGGGAAUAAUUUCACGUUAAAAUUAUUCCCCUAGAGUUUUACUUAUCUGUAAAACUUGCCCUUUCUUGUGAUUGGUUGGGUAGAAUUUCCUGUAUGAAUUACAGAAUAUGUGCAAAUUCAAAUCUGGCUCCAGGUUCGUGCACAGUCCGGAGCAGGACGAAAGGAGUACUGUAUUUUCAUCUU